UUUUUCACAAGUUUUCAGUUUUUCCGUUUUUUCUUCAAAAAACAAAAUAAAAAACAAAGAAUGGCUCAAAAUCAAAAUAAUGAAACUAACGUAUUAGCUCCUGAAGCAGUUUUGUCAAUUCUUGACACAAGUUUAAAACCUACUGAGGAAGGUACGGAUAUAAUACUUGGAUCAAGUCAAGAUGCUUUGGCAGCAUUAUUUCACUCAAUUAUGCAGGCCGUAGGUUUUCGGCUUGUCGGGCUUGGUGAAGAAGAUAAUUCAGAAGAGGAUAAUAAAAUUACUAACAGAGAUACAGAGGGCAAUGUUGUUGGGUUACCGAAAGGAUGGAAUGCGCAUGGUCCCAAUUCUUACGCUUUUAGAUAUAAACAUCCACAAUCAUCAUUCACAUUCUUAAUCAAAUGUAUGCGAUUGUCCAAUAAGUUCAUAGUUCACGGUAUGGGAAUCGAGGAUAACAGAACAGUAACUUUUGAAGUGAUCACGGACGAUUAUACAUCCCCAUCGUUUUUCCCACUUACAACAGAAAAACAUAAUGUAGAACCUAUUGUUCAUGGAUUCAUAUCAUCAAGUCGUAUCAAAGAUAUGAUAAAUAAUUAUAAAAUAAAUAUUGUGCAAAAAUUAAUUCCAGGAUUAAAUAAACCCGGAUACGAAGAAAGUGGUACAACAACAACAACUGCGCAGCCUAGUGCUACCCGUCAACAAGAACCUAUUUAUAAUGAUCCCUUACGCAUUCCUACGCGUCAGCCGCCACGUGUUCCCCCAAUUUUUGAUGAUCCAUUUGGUGGCGAUGAGCCAUCAAGUAUCAACCCUUUUAACAUCGGUCGAGACGAUUUAGAUCCACUUGGUUCAAAUCCAAUUUAUGGUCCACCAAGGUUUGGUGGUGGCGGAAUACAUCCUUUCGGAGGUCCAAGCAGAGGUGGUGGAAUGUUUGUAGGUCCAGAUCAUCCUAUAUUUGGACGUGGUGGUGGUGGUGGUGGUGGAAUAUAUGGAGGACCACAACCUUUACCAAGAGGAUCUGUUCCACCUGGCGCUAGAUUUGAUCCAAUUGGUCCAUUUGGACCCGUGGGUACACCACGUGGCAGAUUUGGACGAGGAAAUCGAACUAGUGGUGAUCCUGAUAAUGAUGAACUACCUCCUCCAGGAUAUAAUGAUAUGUUCAUGUAGUGGAUAAUUUUUCAUCUUGAUAAUCUUAAUAUAUGUUUAUAAAUUUUAAGAUUACAAUACACAUAUCAUUUUUAUUUAUGUAGUAUAUUUAAAUGUAAAAGUUCUAUUAAAUAUUGAUGAUUUCAAUUUUUUUUUUUUUUUUU